AUGCUCCCCAACUACAACAACCACUGGCAAGAAGCCAGAAUUAGAAACACUAAUCGUCAACCAAACCAAUAUCACGUACCCUACAACGGCCCUGUCUUCCAUCGACCUCUACCACCUACCAAUCGCCGACCACCAACCAACCCAUCCAGCUAUAUCCCACCCCAUCGCCGACCUACUUACAACACAGCCUACCAAUCAAGAGGUAACCAUCGACCUGACCAACAACAGAAACGACUACCAGCCCACCGACGCCAACCAGUCCCCACUCAUAAGGAGGAAGAACCCUUUUUGAAGGUGUUCUUCCAAGUUUUGCAGUGCCUCCAUCAUUUGGCAAUCCUUACCCUUCAACAGCAAGGCCAACCAGCGUUUACCUUCAAACGCAAAGUCUCUGAGUUGGAUAGUUUUAUCCGUCCAGCAAUGAAAACAUCAGCUGUCGACGCGAAUAUUAGAUCCCUCAAUCGGACAUGGCUCUGUAAGGUCACGCAGGUCCUGAUCGACCAUUACCAAACCACACUUCAAGAGAAGCUGACCACCAUUCGUACCAAGUCUUUAUCAUCACCUGCCGUCGACCGCAUCGUUUCUCAUGCCCUGUCCUGGGCCCGUCGCUCCUAUGGGAAACGUCUCACUCAAGCUGUAAUCUCCAAAUUCUACCAAACAAUCAACGAAACAAAAACCAGAGUAACCAUAUCUCUACCAACUGAAAUGGACACUACACCUGCACCAUCUAGAGCCACCACGCUGCCGAACCAAACCAAACGAGCCCGAAGUUCACCUACUCCUAGUCCAGCAGACAUAGAUCGAUCGAAAUAA